AUGUACCUGCUCCUUGUCGCCCUCUUCGUCGUUGUUCUUCGACUCGUCGAUGGGCGGCACAACGUCACCAUUGACGAUCAGGAUCCCUCAAUCGUCUAUGCACCCACAGGCGCCUGGAAUCGAUCCGCUGCGAGUGCAUUGGAUUAUGGGGGCUCUCACAUCCUUACGCAAAAUUCGAAUGCGACUGCGUCGUUCAAUUUUACUGGUGUAGCUAUAUACUUUUUAUCACCGCUCUGGCCUUAUCUAGUCAACACAGCAGUUUCACUCGAUUCCGGGCCCAUACUCCUCAUCGACUUGGUGGAUCACAGCAGUUCGACCAGUGCUGUGCAAGGCCCGGAGACUGUAGAAUCUCAUGUUGUGUGGAACGCUACUGGGUUGGCGAAUGGGCCACAUAGACUUGUUAUCUCAGUUGGUGCUGAUUGUGAAUGCAGCUACACCGUUCUUGACCCAGCUGAUCUCGGCUCCUCUUCCGUUUCAUCAUUAUCGCCUACUCCCGUGCCUACUACCACAGGUCGCAUUCUUGCUUCCCAAGUCCCAUCUCAAACCUCCACGUCCACCAAAAAGCAUGUCCUGCCAAUCGCCCUGGGAACCGUUCUGGGUGUCCUCGGUCUUCUUUUCAUCGCUGCAGCGUUUUGGUUCUGCUGCAAGCCAAGAAAACGGCCACCUUCCGAAGCCUGGACGGUACAAGGCCCUCCUUCAUCCACGAUUCCCUCUACACCUCAGAUGACGGGAAGCUCGUCAUCUCCAAUCACGCCAGGCCAGUACACACCUUCAAACCAACGCUAUCCAGGACCACAAUCCAGUCAGACUGCCUGGCAAAAUCCUCGCUACGGAUUCGUGGGCAUGCCGUUACCUGCUGUGGUAGGUCACCAGUCAUACGAUCCCAACUAUCCGCAGCAAGGGGAUAUGAACGACCCUUCGAACAUGCGAGCCCCGAAUAGGUAUCAGCAUGGGGCUAACACCCUCUCCACCAUCACCGAGAAAUCCACUCCUCAGCAUCGCGAGGGUCAAGUGCCGCUGGCCAACUCCAACUCCCCAGCAUCUCUCAACACAGAUUUAGCGUAUUAUACGCCGCAAACGGGGUCAGAGAUGGGGAGCGAGCUGAGGUCCAAUUCUGCUUUGGGGUAUUCGCGUCCUGACGCGAUAGGGAACGGAGCUCCCCAGCGUACCGACAUUAAUGUUGGACAUCAGCGUUCUGAUCUGCGUGGUGCUUAUCAGAAUCCUAACGCCCAGAGUAGCGGGUGGUACAAUGGUGGGGUCCAGAAUGAAAAGAAGCAACGGUAG